AAGUAAAACACGAAGCUCCUUCCUUUGCUGACCCCACUACGUGGCAAGUCGUAAAAGCUAAAAUAAGGAAAAAUCCUAUCCGAUUCCAAUCCUAUCUGCUUCACAAACAUCAUUCAGAAGUCGUUUCUCUGUCUAUCCAUCUAGAGAAGGAAAAGCUAUGGCUUGUGCUACAAGGCCACUCCUCCACUCCACCACCCAUGUCAAUUAUCAACUGCGAGUCUCUUCCCCUGGGGUGGUUUCUAGGUCACUGGCAUUCAUCAGUUGUGACAAUAAUCGGUUCCCUAAGCUUAUUAGCCCUGGGAGCCUAGCAACGAUCCCCAAGGCUUCUCCAGAAGGCUCCGGAAUUGUGCCGGCCGAUGAUGAAGGUGCUGAAGAUGGAGUUUCUCUGGGUACCUUGAAGUUGCCUGCAAAUACGGACCUUCAGAGAUUUGAAAUUUUGUUGUUUCAGUGGGCCAAUAGUCUUUGCCAAGGAGCUAAUCUGCCACUUCCAGUGCCGCUGAAGGUGGACAAAGUAGCGGGUGGAGCUAGAUUGGGUUUUAUUACAAUCGGAGAUGGGAAGACAGAGGUCCUUGUAUACAUUGAUUGCUUGGUUUUUCCAGCAACCAAUGGUUCCGGUCCAGUCUUUCGAGCUAUCAGAAAUGGACCUUUGAAAGAUGAGUCACCUCCUGGCGAACCAAGAAUCAUGAGAAGCCUUUUACAAGCUCUUCAGAAGUCCGUUGAAAUCGCUAGAUUGUGAAAUGACCAACCAUUUUAUCAUAAUCUUAAAUGAGAUGUAAUAUUCAAAUCUAUUAUAAUAAUAAUAACAAUAAGAAAAACCUAUUUUGUUUCUUA